AAUGCAACCACCUGCCAGCUGCAGGGACAGUUUCAUCUCAAUGGGAUGCACAAAGCUGGAGAUGUGGUUCUCGGUGGGCUGUUUGAGAUCCACUUCUUUUCUGUCUUUCCUGACCUGUCUUUUACCUCAGAGCCACAACAGCCUUCCUGCCACGGUUUUGAUGUUCUAGGCUUCAGGCAGGCUCAGACCAUGGCUUUUGCUAUUGAUGAGAUCAACAGAAACAACAACCUGCUACCAAAUGUGACUCUGGGAUACAGUCUUUAUGACAAUUGUGUCAAACUUGGAAUUGGAUUCCGUGCAGCGUUGUCAUUAACCAGUGGUCGAGAGCAGCAGUUUAUAUUAGAUGAGACCUGUGUAGGAACCCCACCAGUCCUAGGGAUUGUGGGUGAUUCUUCCUCUACACGUUCUAUUGCCAUCUCCAGUGUCUUAGGUUUGUACAGAGUACCUAUGGUGAGUUAUUUUGCCACAUGCUCAUGCUUGAGUGACCGACAAAAGUUUCCAUCCUUUUUCAGGACGAUCCCAAGCGAUGCUUUCCAGGUGCGUGCCAUGAUUCAGAUUCUGAAACACUUUGGCUGGACUUGGGCAGGUUUGCUGAUCAGUGAUGAUGACUAUGGACUCCACGCUUCCCGGUCCUUUCAGUCUGACCUGGCUCAGUCUGGAGGAGGUUGUCUGGCCUAUUUGGAGGUUUUACCCUGGGGCAAUGACCCAGCUGAACUCAGGAGGAUUGUGGAUGUGAUGAAGAAAUCUACAGCUCGUGUGGUCAUUGUGUUUGCACACGAGAGUCACAUGAUUAACCUUGUCGAAGAGGUGGUGAGACAGAAUGUUACAGGCCUGCAGUGGAUGGCCAGUGAAGCUUGGACAGCAGCUGCUGUGCUGCAGACACCCCGCCUCAUGCCGUACCUGGGUGGCACAAUGGGCAUUGCCAUCCGUCGAGGAGAAAUACCAGGACUCAGAAAAUACCUGUUACAAAUACAUCCUGACCUACAACACAACAACAACAACAAUGGAAAUAGCAUAAUAAAUCAAUUUUGGGAAUACAUGUUUCAGUGUAGAUUUGCGCCACCUCCAGCAGGUUGGGUUGAAGCUGGGGGAGCACUAUGCACUGGAGAGGAAGAUUUAGAGAAUGUGGAGACUGAGUUCUUGGACAUUUCAAACCUCAGGCCAGAGUAUAAUGUGUACAAGGCUGUGUAUGCUCUGGCGUACGCUCUUGAUGACAUGCUGCAGUGUGAGCCAGGGAGGGGGCCUUUCACAGGGCACAGCUGUGGCCUUUUGCAUAAACUGGAGCCAUGGCAGCUUGUGUAUUACUUGGAAAAAAUCAACUUCACCACGCCAUUUGGUGAUCAAGUGUCAUUUGAUGAGAAUGGUGAUGCCUUACCAAUAUACGAUGUUAUGAACUGGCGGUGGCUCCCUGAUGGAAAAACUAAAGUUCAGAAUGUGGGUGAGGUUAAAGAGUCAGCAAAAGUAAAAGAACUCUCACUUGAUGAAGACAAAAUCUUCUGGAACUUUGAAUCCAAACAGCCACCUCGGUCAGUGUGCAGUGAGAGCUGUCCUCCAGGUACCCGCAUGGCCAGAAAGAAAGGGCAACCUGAGUGCUGCUUUGACUGCAUCCCUUGUUCUGAGGGAAAGAUCAGCAAUAAAACUGACUCCAUGGAGUGCACCAGUUGUCCAGAGGACCUCUGGUCCAGCCCCCAGCGUGACUACUGUGUUCCUAAGAAAACUGAGUUCCUCUCCUACCAUGAACCUCUGGGUAUCUGUCUGACAACUGCCUCAUUGUUGGGCACAUUUAUAUGUACUGUUGCCCUGGUGAUCUUCACCUAUCAUCGCAGCACCCCUAUAGUACGUGCCAACAAUUCAGAACUAAGUUUCCAGUUACUGCUGUCUCUAAAACUAUGUUUCCUGUGUUCACUGCUUUUUAUCGGCCGUCCCAGACUGUGGACAUGCCAGUUGAGACAUGCAGCAUUUGGGAUCAGCUUUGUGCUUUGUGUCUCAUGUAUUUUGGUCAAAACCAUGGUGGUUCUGGCUGUGUUCAAGGCCUCCAAACCAGGAGGUGAAGCCAUUCUGAAGUGGUUUGGUGCUGUGCAGCAGAGAGGAACAGUUCUGGUUCUUACUUCUGUUCAGGCAGCAAUCUGCACUGCUUGGCUUGUCUCUGCUUCACCAGCUCCUCAUAAAAACACUCAAUACCACAAUGACAAGAUAGUUUAUGAAUGUGUAGUCAGUUCCAAAGUUGGUUUUGCAAUAUUACUUGGCUAUAUUGGAUUACUGGCAAUCGUGAGUUUCCUAAUUGCAUUUCUGGCAAGGAAUCUUCCAGACAACUUCAAUGAGGCCAAACUCAUCACUUUCAGCAUGCUGAUCUUCUGUGCUGUGUGGGUGGCCUUUGUUCCUGCUUAUAUCAGCUCUCCAGGAAAAUAUGCAGAUGCAGUAGAGGUUUUUGCCAUCCUGGCCUCCAGUUUUGGCCUCUUGGUGGCUCUGUUUGGACCUAAAUGUUACAUUAUCCUGCUGAGACCAGAGAAAAACACCAAGAAAGCAAUUAUGGGUCGGGGUCUCGAGUCAUAA